GAGGCUGUGUGGAGCACACGCGCGUACACACACACACACACAGCGCCCUGCUCUCGCCUAAGCCUCACUGGGAAGAGGCGCAUUCUCCUCUCCGCUCUGCUCUCCGUUGCUUCCCCGCCCAUCUGUGCCGUCAGCAGCGCCAGCAAAGUUGGCCUCGAACUUGAACGGAGCUGAAGGCUCCGGCUUCCCGCGAGCUCUGCCAGGACAGCUGCAGGCCGCAGCCUCUGACCUCAGCUGGCCUUGAGAAACCCACCAGAGCCCGCUCCACGCCCAGCUGGCCCCCGGGGGCUCCUUAAGGCAUGCGUCUGCCCCGGCCCUGAAGCCCCCGUGCUGGCCUGGGUAUGGUGUGCUGACGUCCCUCUAGAACCCCUCGUCUGCACCAGCAGCCGGAGCAGCCCAAGGCCCAGCCAGCAUGGCCAACCCCGUGCAGCCUCAGUUUCCCCUGGUGCAGGAGGCGGGCUCCACCUCACCCUUGGAGCUGCCGGAGAUGGAGAAGCUCCUCACCAAGGUGGCGGACAAGGACGACAAGGCCCUGGGUCUGUCCAGGUCCCUCUCGGGGGCUCUGGACUUGGAGAAUGGCCACAGCCUGCCCUUCAAGGUGAUCUCGGAGAGGCACCGGGAGGCCUCCCUGCCCCGCUCCCCUUCCCGGGCCAGCUCCCGGCGGGCAUCCUCCAUCGCCACCACCUCCUACGCCCAGGACCAAGAAGUCCCCAAAGAUUACCUCAUCCUCGCCAUCGCCUCCUGCUUCUGCCCGGUCUGGCCCCUCAACCUCAUCCCGCUUAUCUUUUCUAUCAUGUCUCGAAGCAGCGUGCAGCAGGGGGACCUGGACGGGGCCCGGAGGCUGGGCCGCAUGGCCCGGCUGCUCAGCAUCACCUUCAUCAUCAUGGGGAUCGUCAUCAUCAUCGUGGCGGUGACUGUGAACCUCACAGUUCAUAAGAAACAAAACUAAGCAGGCGCCGUGUUAGCAGAGGCAGGCCCUGGCCGGCUGGAGCCUCUGACCCUACGCACCCCCCACACCGCGAGAGGACAGCGCGGUGACUGCCGAGUGACUGUCCCCAAGCUCCAGAGCACACACUCGGAGGGACACCCCCAAGUCACCCCACUGCCAGCCCACAUCAGAUGGGAAGAUCUGGAGGAAGAAAGGAGGGAAGGAAGGAAGGGAAAUGGACCGUGCGGCGGCCAGCGCACAUGCUGGCUCAACCUCCUGGACACUCCGCAGCGCCUCGACCCCAGUGCCUCGGCUUGUUUCUCAUCCCCACAGUUUCCUGGGAUCAACCACAAAGCCUCAACUGCCACAAAGAGGGGAAACCAGCCCCUCCCCCAACAAGACCGCCAGGGGUGGGGAAGGGCACGGAGCAGCCCCUCCCCGGCUGCGGGCCAGGAGCAAACACCUGGGACUUCAUCUUUUGUAUUUUCCUGGAGAGGGGAAGACCAGUUUGUGUCUGCUGAGAUCUCAGCCGGUGCCCGGAACUCAGAGGCGGGGACGGAGGCGACAGCCCCUCCUAAGUCCUCCAUGGCAUGAAGGACACAGAAGCAUCUCUGCCAAGGACGCUGACCCCGGUGUGGGCCCCUGGCACGAGCCAGUCAGCUUCUGCUUCCCACCUGCGCUGGAGCCUGGGGCCCAACCUGGCCAUGUGGGAAGGGGAGGUCCCUCCACAGCCUGCGGCCAAGCCAGUGAUCCCACCCAGAACGGUGCAGGGCCUGGCUCAGGUGGACACGGCUUCAGGCCCCCAGGUCAGCCCCAUCGGAGGCUCUGUGUGCGGCCUGGUGUCCCUGGCUGUCCACUAACGCCAAAGGCUUCCCCUGGAGGAUGCUUUGGGUUCACCCCCGGGGACCUCCCAUGGGCUCCCGGGCCCUUAGGGGCAUCUGUGUUGCCUGCUGGGAAUUGGGCUGACGCUCUUAGGAAAGUUUGCUGUUUGUUGGGUCUAGAGAGCCCCGAGAGAGAGCAAGGCUUGGCUGAAGGGUCCCUGGGUUUGGGCCUCCGCCCCGGUGCCUGCAGGCAGGGUCUAGGUGCCGGGAUCUCUGUCUCAGGGCCCAGGGGACAGCUGAGAGGAGCUGAGCAGAGCAUGGGCCUCCCCCUGGUUUUCAGCCCCUCGACACCUGUCUACAGGGGUGCUGGCGGGCAUCUCUCUGGGCUGAGGGGUUUGUGUCAGUGCCCAGGCCCCGGGGGGCAAACGCCAACAUUCCCUAUUCCUAAAGCAGGGUCUGGCUGGGUUUGUUUGCCAGGAGCUUUGAGACCAGAAUAGAGACCCUCGCGUCUCAUGUGACCUUGGGGUAUACUUGUCACUUGUGAGCUCCCUGGAAUUGGCCACUCAUAGGAGCUGGCUCCAGCAGGAGGGGCCCUGAGCAGUGGCUUCAGCAACCCAGGGACAAACCCUUAUGAUUCAGGGAUGGUCACAUGGGGGAACGAGGCAGGCCCGGCUGCAAUCUUCCCUCGCCACAGUCCACCCACACAGUAGGCACCCCUGGGUAUGCCCUCCCUCCACAGUUGGCACCACUGGAUACACCCUCCCCCCAACACUCUUCACACUCAAGACCCCUGCUUGGGUGAAAGCACUCGACAGGCGCCCCAGGGAGCGCUCAGCUGGAACCUUCUCCCACUCAGCAGGAGCAGCCCAGAGGCCCCAGCCUGCGUGGAGGAGCAGAGGAGGAGAGGGAGGCAGGGGCCCGCUGCCCGCAGGCCUCACCAGAGCUGGGAAGGACAGUGGCCCAGCUGCCAGCUGCAUGAACACAGGGGUCCCUGGUCGGGGCACUAUCCCCUCCCCACCCCAUCACCCCAGUGACUCUGCAUUUCGUGGCAUGGAGAGAAAUAAAGCUGAACAUACACGCUCA